AUGGAAUCCAAUUAUCAAGAUCAUGACUCCAUGAACUCGUUAUCGUCGAGAUCAAGCGAAGAAUUUGACCGAGUUGAUGAAGAAAGUGGCGAUCAAGAUCGUGUGGGUACUGGUCGAUCCUAUAAUUGUGUGUUUUGCAAGAGAGGCUUCACAACGGCCCAAGCCUUAGGUGGUCAUAUGAACAUACAUAGGAAAGAUAGGGCAAGAGGUAAGCGAUCUUCCUCUUCUUCUCUUUCGGGGAAUUUAAAGAAAUAUCAUCGUAAAGAUAUACAAACUCAUGAGUUAGUCUCGAGCUAUUGCUCAUGCCAUGAUGAGGCUACUCGGAUUGAGUACCGGACAUAUUUCCCAGCUUCGAGUGGGAAACACUUUCAUUCCGAAGUUUAUUUCAAUCAAUACCCGCAAGGAUUUGUUAGUCAUUUUGGCUCGGAGUUUGAUUAUCAAGUGAGUUUCAAUUCACCAUUUGGUCAAGUUGGUAAAGAGUUGGAGAAGGAGUCGAAGGGGAUUAGAAUUGAUCAAGAAGGUGACAUUGAUUUGGAGCUUAGGCUUGGUUACAAUUGA